AUGGCUACCAAGGUGGUCAAAGCUUCUCAGGCUGAGUUGAGUGCUUGGCAAGUACAACCAAGCCGAUCUCAAAGUCGAUCAAAGAGCCCACGCGUCAAUCAGACCUCACAAAGCCCAAGGGGGCGCAAGAGCAAAGGCAAAGGGAAGGGGAAGCACAAGCACAAAGAUGCCGGCUUGAAUGUGCCAAGUACAGAGGCACAGCACAGUUCGAGCUACAGCUCCUCGCCAUUUGCACCUCUGGCGACAACAAUGCCUCAGAGGCCAUCUAUGGAAGGGAUGGCACAGAAUCUGAUGCCAGCUACACCACCUGUAGCCAACUCCAACAACUUGGAGCUCUUAGCUCAGAAAAGGGAAUGUGUGGCAGCGCUCCGAGUUGCUUACCCAGAUGUCAGCUCAGCCCCUCAGGAGACCCAAGAGCUCAUCGAGAAGAUGGACAAGGACAUCGAGCGCCUAGAAAAGGAGAACAGCAAAUUUGUUACAAAGAACUUACAUGCUGCAACUACAACCUUGGGCAAAGCACAGAAAACGCUGACGGAAGCUUUGGAAUCAAAGAAGGUUCACCGCACGCGAUGGAUCAAACACAUCACAGAAGCGGUCACCACUUGGCAAGCUCAGCUGCAGGAGUAUCAGAAGCAGCAAGCAACGUUUCAUGCUGCCGCUACCAAAGCAAGAGCGGACAUCGAAACAGCCAGGAAAGAGAUUCAAGCACUGUCAGUCAAAGCUUCCCAAGCUACACUGGCUGCCAUGCCGCCGAUUACGGCAGUGACAGCGGAACAAGAAGAGGGGACUACGGAUGCGGACACCGAGGAAGAGAAGCUCCAAGGCCAACUCCAAUCGGUGAUGCAGCAUUGUGCAGCAGUUCUGAAUGCGGAGACUACGCUGGCAGUUUCCGAUGCCGAAGCCGAAGAUUUGCCCAUGGGAGAGGACGAGCGAGACAAAAAACGCCCGCGCUCCAUGCAGCCCUUUGGUGUGCCUGCCUCGGGUGGAGCACCCUUGGGUGCCAAGGGCACCUGA